CCGCCGGAGGUGGGCCAAAGGGUGCUAGAGCGCGGGGGAGGAGCGGAGCCCGGCGCGUCCCGGGAGAACCGCCACCGCCCCCAGGAGUCCGCUGGAGCGCGGAUCCCCCUGCAGGGGAGGAGGAGAGCGGCGGGCGGGACGCGGCGGCGGGCGCGCACCAUGCAGUCCCGGCGGGGCCAGCGCUGGCUGCUCGCCGUGCUGUGAGGCGGCGGGAUCCCCCGGUCGCCGCACACCGCCUUCCUCUUGCCCAGUUGCUGCCAGGCGCGCUCGCCCUUCGUCCGGCUCCCGGACCCUGGUGGAACGCACGGCCUGCCCCGCGUCCUGCCCCGCCCGGAUCAUGCGGGGGGGCCCGCAGGAGGUGAGGGCGAAUGACCGGUCUGCGGCGACCUCGUUCAGGGGGCGACCCCCUCUCUGAGAUGCCCCCACCUGCUGCCAUGUGCUGCCUCCUCGGGUACCCAGCCUAUCGCCAAACUUUCCCGAUGCCAGCCUGUCUCUGAGUCGCGUUUCUGAGCGAAGUGUUCCAGAGACGGAGGGCCCAGGCUGGCUACGGACUAUCUGCUUCUCUUGGGAUCCUCAGAGAGUACUUUCCUUGGAAUCGGAGACCUAACCGUCCCUCCCCAGCCCUCUCCAGCGAAGAGCUGAGCGCUCCCUGCGGAGGCAGCGCCCUCCCGAAACAGUUUAUCUUUGGACGGAUUUCUUUAAAAGAAAAAGAAACCAACAGGUUGCCAGUCCCGGCGCCACACAAGUCGGCGGAGAGGGAAGCCCGGAUCCCGGUUUCCCCUGCCUGAGCUGGCCCCGCGCUGGCUGCGGGAGACGAGGGGAGGGAGGGGGCUAUGGCUCGGCCAGACCCGUCCGCGCCGCCUUCGCUGCUGCUGCUGCUCCUAGCGCAGCUGGCGGGCCGGGCGGCGGCCGCCUCCAAGGCCCCAGUGUGCCAGGAAAUCACAGUGCCCAUGUGCCGCGGCAUCGGCUACAACCUGACGCACAUGCCCAACCAGUUCAACCACGACACGCAGGACGAGGCGGGUCUGGAGGUGCACCAGUUCUGGCCGCUGGUGGAGAUCCACUGCUCGCCGGACCUGCGUUUCUUCCUGUGCUCCAUGUACACGCCCAUCUGCCUGCCCGACUACCACAAGCCGCUGCCGCCCUGCCGCUCGGUGUGCGAGCGCGCCAAGGCCGGCUGCUCGCCGCUCAUGCGCCAGUAUGGCUUUGCCUGGCCGGAACGCAUGAGCUGCGACCGCCUCCCGGUGCUGGGCCGUGACGCCGAGGUCCUGUGCAUGGAUUACAACCGCAGCGAGGCCACCACGGCGCCCCCCAGGCCCUUCCCGGCCAAGCCCACCCACUCAGGCCUGCCGGGGUCGCCGGCCUCGGGGAGCGACUGCGCCACCGGGGGCCCGUCGGUGUGCAAGUGCCGCGAGCCCUUCGUGCCCAUUCUCAAGGAGUCGCACCCGCUUUACAACAAGGUGAGGACGGGCCAGGUACCCAACUGCGCGGUGCCCUGCUACCAGCCGUCCUUCAGCCCCGACGAGCGCACGUUCGCCACCUUCUGGAUCGGCCUGUGGUCUGUACUGUGCUUCAUCUCCACCUCCACCACGGUGGCCACCUUCUUAAUAGACAUGGAACGCUUCCGCUACCCUGAGCGCCCCAUCAUCUUCCUGUCAGCCUGCUACCUGUGCGUGUCUCUGGGCUUCCUGGUGCGCCUGGUCGUGGGCCAUGCCAGCGUCGCCUGCAGCCGCGAGCACAGCCACAUCCACUACGAGACAACGGGCCCUGCGCUGUGCACUGUCGUCUUCCUGCUGGUCUACUUCUUUGGCAUGGCCAGUUCCAUCUGGUGGGUCAUCCUGUCGCUCACCUGGUUCUUGGCGGCUGGCAUGAAGUGGGGCAACGAGGCCAUUGCGGGCUAUGCGCAGUACUUCCACCUGGCCGCGUGGCUCAUCCCCAGUGUCAAGUCCAUCACUGCGCUGGCACUGAGCUCCGUGGACGGGGACCCGGUGGCCGGCAUCUGCUACGUGGGGAACCAGAACCUGAACUCGCUGCGCGGCUUCGUGCUGGGCCCGCUGGUGCUCUACCUGCUGGUGGGCACGCUCUUCCUCCUGGCGGGCUUCGUGUCGCUCUUCCGCAUCCGCAGCGUCAUCAAGCAGGGCGGCACCAAGACGGACAAGCUGGAGAAGCUCAUGAUCCGCAUCGGCAUCUUCACGCUGCUCUACACUGUGCCAGCCAGCAUCGUGGUAGCAUGCUACCUGUACGAACAGCACUAUCGCGAGAGCUGGGAGGCUGCGCUCACCUGCGCGUGCCCCGGCCCGGACUCUGGCCAGCCGCGCGCCAAGCCCGAGUACUGGGUGCUCAUGCUCAAGUACUUCAUGUGCCUUGUGGUGGGCAUCACGUCGGGCGUUUGGAUUUGGUCCGGCAAGACUGUGGAGUCGUGGCGGCGCUUCACCAGCCGCUGCUGCUGCCGCCCGCGGCGGGGCCACAAGAGCGGCGGCGCCACGGCCGCGGGGGACUACGCCGAGGCGAGCGCAGCGCUCACGGGCAGGACCGCGCCGCCGGGCCCCGCCGCCGCCGCCGCCUAUCACAAGCAGGUGUCCCUGUCGCACGUGUAGGAGGAGGCCGAGGCCGAGGGACCGGGACCGGGGCCGGGAGUUGAGGGAGGGAGGUUGUUUUGUUUGGUAGCUUUGCCAAGGUCACUUCCGUUUACCUUCUUGGUGCUGAUGCCCCCUCCCGGGGCAACUUGGAGAGAGGGGAGAGGGACCGUUUCAAGGGGAGUACCUGUCCCAGGACUUCUCAAAGGGGCUCAGCUCACGUCUGUUCUAUCUUACUGCCUUUUCAAGAGGAACCCUGUUUUUAAUUUAUAUGUAGUUUUCUUAAUUUUUAACUUUGUUGCAUUUUGGCAACAAAAUUUACCUUUGCUUUGGGGGCUUUACAAUCCUAAAGUUGGCAUUAUAAUGAAGUUCCACUUGGUUCAGGUUUCUUUGAACUGGGUGGUCUAAAUUGGGAAAAUAUAUUUCCUAUACUUCUGUCUUUAAAAAUAAUGUGAACAGUGAAAGUUGCUGUGACUGGGAAGUUGUUCCGUGUGCUUUUCCAGGUUGUUUCUCCUUCCACUGCUUAAAGUGUCCAAGAUGCUUUAAGGUGAGCUGCUUGUCCCUGUUUAUAGUUCCUAAGUUAGGGGACACCCUAAGUCAUACCAAGGAGGGGGGUAGCAUAAUGUGGUUAGGGCCUCCGGAAAGUGACAAGGUUAGGCAAUGUUUAGAGAUUCUAAUGUGUCCGUCCUAGCUUCGUUUAGCAAGCUUCGGUUUCUUUUCUAUAGUACUUGUAAUCAUUCUCGUUCUUAACAGUGCCAGCUUUGCUUGAAUAAGUUAGAGGUAGCAUUGCAGUGUCCGGAAUAAAUAUUUGGAAGAAUGCGAACCUAAGGGAUGGUGAUUGGUUGAACUUGAAUUCUAGACUGUUAAGAUGGCAGCUUUGUGCCCGAGGAGUGGGUGGUUCUUUUUUUUUUUUUUAACAUCUAUAGUGAGUGGUUCUUAAUAGGCUUUGGUGAUGCCACUUUUUAAAACUUGUGUUAAAACUUUGGUAAAAAUAAACCCACUUCUUCUUCUGGAAGGACUUAGCGAUAGUGCUGAAGGGGGUUCCUUUUUACAUUUAAGGACUAAAAUGGAUAUAACUCCUGUAAUUAAGUAAAUUUCCACCACCUGUCUUAUCUGCUCCACCCCCCCCCCCCCCAUCCCACCUCUUUUAUCAUGUUAAACAGUCUUUUUGCUUUUCUUAUUCCUCCUCUCCUGGAGGGCUGUGAUUAGAAACCACACCCACCCUUGAAUGAGGUGCUUGAACAGGGGGAGGGAGGCUGGCUACCUGUGAACAAACACUGGCAGCGAUGAGGGAAAAUAAGUGUCCCUGGACUUUGGACUAGAUUACAGCCAGAUAUUCCAAAAGCAUCGAGACACUGCUCUCUGCGGCCUCUGGAAACAAAUGAAACCCAUAACACCCUUGCAUAAGCUUUUAAAACAUGGAUCAGUGUAGCAAAAGGAAAGCUGUUCCCCCUGCCCCCCUCGCCUCAAUAUGUUUUUCUCUUCCUCCUCUUCUGAGAAAGCCUAUAUAGUGAUGAGCACACACUUUACUGUGAGAGAAUUCUGUUUGCUUUUCUAAUCUGUUGAACCAUUCCCUCACUUAUAUAUGAAAGCCUAUGUAUUGAUGAAUAUACACAUACACACACCACGCACACAUACUUUACUGUUAAAAAUCCUGUUUGCUUUCCUAAUCUAUUUAACCAUUCAUUCAAGAAGAGUGUGAGGCCAUUACUGGGGAUGGGGGUGACAGUGCAUUGGCCAGCAGAAUACCAGUGACCAGGACUGAGUGGGAACUAAAUUUAAGAAGCUAAAAUGGCAAAAACAAUUAAAAUUUGGGAAUGUCUCCCUAGAGAAACAAGUGUAGGGGUUUGCGCUUCAUUUAUACCAAAGUUGGAAAAGUCAGAUUUAAGCCCAGGCCAGUUUUUACAUUAUGGAUAUUAAGUAAACAAGUGUAUACUUUCCAUAGUGGAUUUAAGCACUUUGCUGGUGGAAAGAAGCCUGGUGUUAUAGUUUUCAUGGACUUUCAAAAGCUAUUCACGUUUAUAAAAAUGCACUGCUCUUACACACUCAUCCUCUGAAUCAAAAUGUCAGUAUAUUCGACAAAACCUUGUACACAGAGCUACAGAACUUUUUGCACAUCUAAUUCCUCUACUUGUUCAGAAGAAGCUUCUUAGAACCUUGAAAUAGAUCCCCUGCCUGAGGGCCAGUUCCUCUCUUGUUUUUCAAAUGAGGAACUUUUCUGAUCACCUUGACCUCUUCCCUCAGUUAACAUGUCUUCCCAGAAAGUACACAGAUUAUUCUGCUGCCUUAGGUCAUUGUGACUAAUUUGGGUUUUUCCUCUUCCUUUUUUUUUUGUGGAGGAAUGUAAAGAUGACGCAGAAUGUAUCUAAAAGUUGUGGGAUGAUGUGGUUGAAGUGAUUUAGUUCUUCCUUUUAAAACAACUAUUUUUCAUUUUGGCAACAUACCAAACCUAAAAAGAACAACCAAUUUACUUAAAAAAAAAAAAAGACAGUUAAGACACAGGAUACCAAGCCAAGGAGAGGCAAUACAGGUAAUGCAUUUGGAGAUCUCGGUCCAGGCCAACUCUCAGAGCUGCCUCUGUUUUCAGCCUCUGUUUUCACCGCUGCUCUCCCCCUCCCUUACCUCAAAGAUGAAGCCCACCUGCUUCCCUCCAGUUUUACCUCAGCCACCCCUCCUGCUACCCAGGGCAGAGAAGCCCAUCUAUUUAUGGUCGCCCCCUAUUUCCAUCUCAUAUGCUGUUUUCUUCCGAUUUUUAUUUUUAUUAGGCAAACAGUCCGUACUCAUGAAAACAAUUACAAAAUGAAAGGUUGUGGGUUGGUUUAGCAACUUCUUCACAGCCAGCUCUGAUUUUAGGAAGGAUUUAAGGCCCAGUUUAGUUUCACAGGUGCAGCUUUUGGGCUGUCCCUUUCAUGGUUCAAUUGUAAGCAGCGUCUCCCGUCAUAGAUUUUAGGGGGUAAAGAUUUAGAAGGAACUAAUAUGUGACUUCUCAGUAAAUCAGUUGACAAGACUUAGGAAGUCGUUCUAAUUUAUAUUCUUAACCUCACACUUUGAAGUUGUCUAAAUUGGCUGAAAAUAAGUCUUCUCGGUGCCUUAUUGGUUUAUCCUUGCAAACCUUUGUCAUGUUUUCUCGUAGUCAUUUCCAGUGGUAAGCCUGUGUGUGUGUUGUGUGUAAUUGUGAGCAAUGUACAAGCUUAAAUAAUGUGCUGACAGCACUGUUUCCAAGUUGGUAUUCAUUAGGCCGUUUCCUCCUGGGCUAGGGCUGCACUAAUCCUGACACCGGCUGCCAGGAGAAAACCUCAUGGAUCCCACACCGCACCUUAAUAACAGCAUCUGUGACCUGCAGUCUCAAGUACAGAAUGGGAACCCCAGAGCUAGGAAAUGUAGUUGUAUAUUUUAAUGAACUGCUACCCCUGCUAAAGAGGCUUCUUUCACUUUUGUGCUCUACAGAAAGACCAAGGGGGGUAGGAGGGACAAAGCUUUGAAUAACUGCUUUCUAACACCGAAUGUGGCCAACAGGAUAGAGAACAUCACAAAUCUAGGCAGGUGUGAGGUGCAGUGGCUGAGGAUUUCCUGCUCCCCCUGCAUGCCCUUUCUUGCCUCCAAAGUCCAAUCAAGUGAUCCUGGGAAAGAAAUACACCUAGGUUGAGGAGGGUGGUUUUGAAAGCAAAAGCUACCAAGACAUUAAAGCAGGGUGAAUGAAGGGUAGGCAGGAUGAAAGUAAGUAACCUGGCUCAGAACUCUCAAAAGCUUCUAGCAGCUUGAUGACAAUUACAGGAUUUAUUUCAGUCUGUGGUACAUCAUUUGAAGACGAUAUUACUUCAUGUUGUUACAAACUGUAUGUAUAGUAUGUAUGUGUUGUGGGUGUGUAUAUAAAUAAUAUAUAUUAUAUAUAUGAGAGAUUUAGUGACUUUUGAUACGGGUUUGGUGCAGGUGAAUUUAUUACUGAGCCAAAUGAGGCACAUACUGAGUCAGUAGUUCGAGUCCAGGGCAUUCAAUACUUUUUCUGAUUUCCGUGUAUGUGUAGUGCCUGUCCCAUGCGGUAUUGUCAGUGUCAUGUCAAAUCCAGAACUCAAAGCAGAGCCAGCGAUAUUUUAUUUGUAGACAAUCAACUAGAAUCUAUAAAAUUAUUACUGGCAGAUGAUUAUAAUUCCAGGGUCCCUAACACUAGCAAAAGGAAACCCAGAGCAUCUUGAUAAGAAGUUUUCUGUUUUUGUUUUGUUCCUGGAAGUCAGUAGAAAAGCAGUUGUAUGUGGUUAUAUUAGUGUCAAGAUACUUAAUUUGCUGACCUUAUUAUUUCAGAAAAAAAUAAUUGUAUGUAUUAUAUUUGUGGGAAGUUAAACUAAUGCUUUGAGAUUUUUAUCAAAUAUGGAGAGUAGUUAUUUAUGAAAAACAAAGAAAUGUCUAUUUUUGUUUCUUUGUUCCCAAUUCAUGUAGAUAAAUUUUAAAGUGCAUUAAAGCAAUGGUAAAGCAAAUAAGAUGCUGUACAAGUAUUUUUCUCAUGCUUUUAUGGAGAGACACUGUUUUCUAAGAGUAUCUGAAGGAGGUAUGUGCAUUCUAAUUUCAUGAUCAGAUUUCUCAGAUGUACUUUGAAUAUAAGUGGCAAUGUUUUUAUUGAUAAUAAAUCAAGGAAAUUCCAAUCACCAGGAG